GAAAUAUUAAUGAUUAUAAAAUUAGUAAUGUAAUUAUCAAAAUUACGAUUUCUUUAGUCAUAGAUUUAUCAAAUUCUUGUUAAAUUCACCGUUGUAAAAAAAAUUAUUCAAACCUGCUUUGUUUAACGUCACAGACAUUGCUUCAUAUACCAUUGUAAGUAAUAACUACAAAGUGCAUUUUAAAAAUGUUUAGAAUAUAUAAUAGUAUGUGUUAUUGUGUACAUUAGAUGGGUUUUUUCUAUGCUACUAAUGUGCUUGAAAUAAUUGAAGCAUAGACUUAUUUUUUUAAAUUAUAACUUUAAUAACUUACAAAAACGGUUUCAAAUCGAUCCUUAAAUUUGUCCUAAUAUGCAAUAAUUACUUAAUAAUCCAAAAAUUAAGCGGGCUUUUGUGAUUAAACAAGAUAAUGUUGUUAUCUUAUAAAACUUAGACAAUUUUAUCUUCUUAAAUCUUCCUUUAAUCAACAUCCGCCGAUAUAAUCACCAAUUUAUUUGUAUAAAUUUUUUUAAUUUUUUAUUUAUAAUCAAUUUGUUAAAAAUUUCUGUUGACGUCAUCGAAGAUGAUUAAAUCGCACCACUAGUAAUUCGAGUACAUUAUAAAUAUAUUCAAAAUGUGUAUGUGGCAUUUAGUCUUUAAUAUUUGAUUGAUUGGGUUUGGGUUAAUGUGGAAGCCAAUUCGAAGGCUUAAUAGGAUUGGGUUUCAAUUCAAAGUAAAUUUGUUGGCUUUAAUUUGAAAAUGUAUCCGUUAAUUAGCCCUCUAUUUAAGAUUCGAAUUCCAAAUUAAGGAUAUUAAUUAUACAUUUCCUCUCCAAUUUAUCUAAAUCCCUAAUUUUCAUCACAUAAUAUAAUUCUUUUAAUGCAUUUAUUUUUAAGAUUAAUUAAAUUAAUCGAAUCGAAAUGGUUACGAAGCCAUCAUCCGAUGAUGAUUGUAAAACCUAUAAAAUUCGUUGGUUAAUCUUAGGUCUUUUCGCAAUUUACUCCGCAUCGAAUUCAUUACAAUGGAUUCAAUACUCGAUUAUUGCGAACAUUAUCGUCGAAUUUUACGGGGUGUCUUCGGCCGCUGUCGAUUGGACUUCGAUGAUUUUUAUGAUCCUUUAUAUCCCGUUCGUGUUUCCAGCAAGUAUGAUGCUGGAUAAAUUCGGUUUAAGAAAAAUCGUGAUAAUAGGUACAAUUGGAACAACGAUUGGAGCUUGGGUUAAAGUUGGAUCGGUGAGAGAAGAUUUAUUUUGGGUCACGUUUUUGGGGCAGAGCAUCGUUGCCCUUUCACAAGUUUGUGUUUUAUCGGUUCCGGCACGGUUAGCGGCCGUUUGGUUUGGACCAACUCAAGUCUCCUCAGCUUGUAGUAUAGGAGUUUUUGGAAAUCAAUUAGGCGUAGCCAUAGGGUUUUUAAUACCACCUUGGGUUGUUCCUGAUGAAUCAAUCGAUGAAAUCACAACAGGAUUGUACACUCUUUUUAUAGGAACAGCAAUUUUUUCGUCUCUAAUCACUAUUUGUGUCAUUUUCUUUUUUAAAGAUACUCCUCCAACACCGCCUUCAAUGGCCGAAGCAUUAAAGGAAACCGAAAGCAAGACUAACUUUAAAGAGUUUAAAACUUCUUUAAUUGCUUUAGCUUUAAAUCGAAAUUUUGUUUUAUUACUUUUAAGUUAUGGUAUUAACGUAGGGAUUUUUUAUGCCAUUUCAACACUUUUAAAUCAAAUCAUUUUGAGGUAUUAUCCGGAUAACGGAACCGAUGCUGGUCAAAUUGGUGUUCUUAUAGUUUUUGCUGGGAUGUUAGGAUCCGUUCUUUGUGGAGUUGUUUUAGAUAAAACCAGAAAAUACAAGGAAACAACUUUAGCUGUUUAUAUCUUAUCUUUAAUAGCGAUGAUUAUUUUUACGUUUACUUUAGAAAUUGGAAUAAUAAUUGUUUAUAUAACGUCAGCACUUUUAGGAUUUUUUAUGACUGGUCUUUUACCUGUUGGUUUCGAAUUAGCAUCAGAAUUAACUUAUCCAGAACCUGAAGGAACAUCGGCAGGAUUACUAAACGCUGCUGCUCAAGUCUUUGGAAUCAUUUUAACAUCCAGCUAUUCCGAGAUUUUUUAUAGUUUAGAUGAUGUGUGGGCAAAUGGAAUUAUGUCCAUGAUCUUGGUCAUUGGAUGUGUUUUUGUUGCAUUUAUUUCAUCUGAUUUACGAAGACAAGCAGCUCAUAAUAAACAAACUACCGAUGUACAAAUUCCUCCUUAAUCAAAAAUCUUUAAUUAUUACACCUAUUAAUUUAUUCAUUUUAUAUUAAAUAAGUAUUAAGACUAUAUUAACUUUUCUUCGUUAAUAUUGAACAAGAGUAUUAAUAAAAUUGAUCUGAUAUAU